UUGUCUCUUUUUUUUUAGGUAGGUUCUCCAACUUUUUUUGUAUAUUACUUAACUGCAGAAUAUGCCAUUUCUAAUACUAAAAUUAAAUAAACUGCUCUCUUUAAAGCCAUUUUACAAACUAAAAAUGUAAAAAACAGUAUCAAGACGCUGAACUGACGCUUCCAGCCUGAACGCGUCGACGCAACGCGACGCUCGACGCUCUCAGCCUGAACGUACCUGUAGAUCUAAGCACAAAAGAUUAUCACCAUGGCAUAAGAAAAAUUGUUGGAUGCGCACUAGUCGAAGUUUAUUUUCUCUACUUCUACAUCUAUGGUUUUAACCCCCGAUUAGCAAAUGUUAUAAUUUGUUAUUAAUUAAUUAAAUAAGUAAUUUAAAAAGAUAUCCUUUGUAUAUUCACCCUUCAACAUCAGUCACUCAGUGUCAAAAAUAAAUAAAAUAUUUCAAAAAUGACAGAGUUCGAAGAUGUCUUUUCUAUACCUGAAAAUCUCGUUUUCCCUAAAGAAAUAAACGAAUAUUUAACCGAAAAAGUUACGGUUUUAGUACAUGAAAAUGGAAUGCUUAGAAGAAACAUACAAGACCACGAAGAAAAACACAAUAAAUUGGAGAAACAAAUUAAAGAUCUAUCAAAACAGUUAAAAUCUGACGAGAGUAGUCCUAUUUUAGAGCGAGUUAACAAAGCUUCAAAUGCGAUAAACACAAAAAUAGUGGAACUCAGUAAAAACUUGAGAGAAAAAUGCGCAGAGCUAGAAACGUACAAAACGAAAUGUUCUAAACUUUUGACCUGUAUAGAAGAACUAAAGAAAAAUGAAACUAAAGAAGAAAUAAUACAGGAGGUUCGUAAAGAGCCCGAGAGUAAAUCCGAGAUAAAAUCUUUGCAAGACAGAUUGAACGUUACGAUGAAUAAGUUGAUGGAGGCGAAAAAUGCGAAUGUUCAAUUGAAAAACGAUUUGAAACAGGCGAAUAAGUUUUUGCAACAGGAAGUGGGGGAGAAUUUUGAAACGUUGCAAUCGAAUGGGAACUGGAAGGGAAGGGCUCAAAUCAUAUGCGAUUUGCAAGAGAAAAACAAGAAGUUAAAAGAAAAAUUAAGCGAAAGUAGAUUUCCCCUAAAAACCACUCCCAGCUUAGAAAGAGUCAGCGGUAAAAUAGCAAGCCUAGAAAAGGAAAUCGCUGACUUGAAAACCACAAACGAAAACUACAGAACGCGUUUAGAAACUCUAAAAUCACGAUGCAUGAUGCUCGAAGCGGAGAAACAAGACAUGAAGACAAAAAUGGGUAGGCUAGAGGAAGAAAACGAGACAAGCGCCGAUUCUGCAAUGGACCUGUCCAGAAAACUGUCAGAAAUAGAGUCUGAGAAGAAACGAAUGCAGAAGAAAUGGGAGGACGAAGAUGCUAGAGCUAAAAGUGAGAUAAGUAGACUGCUAAUGCUCAACGGGAAGUUACAAGAACUGCUAAACGGUUCUAAAGAACGUGUGACAAAGUCUAAACAAGAACCAUGUCAGUGCAGCGUAAAGUUAAAAAACUUGAACAGGCUAGAAGAGCAAAAGAAUGAACUACUGAAUAUGUUGGAUAUACAGAAAAAACGACUAGAACGAGAAAGAAAUGAACUAAAAAAAUGUCAACAAGCUUUGCGACAUGAAAAACAAAAAGCACUGAAAUUAGAAGCAUCCAUGACGAAACACGACUCUGAUAAUUGUUCAACAAGCAGAUCAAGUUACAGUAAUUUGUGUCAGUCAUCUAGAUUAACUGAACAGAAUUUGACAGAUCGUCUGCAACUUGCUGAAGAAAACAUCAAAGCGCUUCAAGCCAAAUUGGCAAUGGAGCAGUUCGAAAAAGAGGAAGACUUCCAACAGUUUUCGAAAAUACUUAGACUAUGUAAACUCGAACAAAAUGAAUAAAAAAAAGUUUUAAAUAAUAUA